AGAUACAAAAUUUAUUAUCCACCUAUAUAUAUACACACCACACAUUUCUCAUCUUCAACCAUCAACAAGCCUUCUUUAGCUUUCUUCUUGUUUUUGAUUUCUUUCACAGCUACUUGAUAGAAAGAAAAUAAAAAUAUCACAUUUUACUUACUUGAUUUGUUACACAAUGGCCAUCCGCCAAAUGCUGAGACGGUCUUUAUCCAGCGAGAGAAGGUCAGCUGAAGUAGUUCCCAAGGGGCAUCUUGCUAUUUACGUUGGAGAUAAUGAAAAGAAGCGGUUUGUGAUUCCUGUGGCGUACUUGAACCACCCCUCGUUUCAAGAGUUGUUGUUUCAAGCUGAGGAAGAAUUCGGGUUCAACCACCCAAUGGGCGGCCUCACCAUCCCUUGCAGUCAAGAAUCAUUUGUAGAUUUCAUCUCUGCCUUCAGCUCAAGAUGAUAUUAAUUUAUAGCAAUGGUUGUAGGAGGAAUAGAAUUUUGUAGAUUAGAAAAUGUAUGUAUACAUUGGAAAUACAUAAAAUAGUAGAUGAAUAUACAUGAAAAUUCAUGGAGCAAACUUUUGUUACCUUAAUCUGUUGAUUGAUUUCUUAAAAAGUGAGCGUUUCUUAUUUGAAA